CAUAUCGCAGAAUUCGUAUUGCACUUAUUGAUCACAAACUAGAUAACGAUAUCAUAACGUGCAAGUCUAUCUCUCUUAUCGCUGCAGACGGGUUUAGGAUAGGCACUGGGUACUUUAGCAGCGACACGAGCGUUCACAGGCCAGUUCAUACACGGGCAUCAUUAGCGAAGGAAACUUGAGUAACUGAGAGCAACAUGGACAGGCUGUUGUACGCGAGGACGGGGCCGCACCCGAGGACGCUGUGGCUGCCCCGCCCCGGCCGCCGCCUCGCGAGGAGCCCUCGGCCUUACCGCCGCUUCUGCAGGGUCGUCCGCACAGUGCACGUGGAGGACGCGGUGGAUAUCUGCGUGCGGCGAAGCAUGCCUCCGCGACCCGUGACGUCUUGUUCCAGGAUCAGGCAAAGCAUAUUAAGGCAUGACCAUCCCUGUCGCGAUCUUCAGGUGCUGUGGUUCGGUGUUCGGAGCGACCAGGACGACCAAACCAUGCACGACUGGUACGGAAAUGUCGAAUUUUCUUUCCUCCCGGACGUCUUCCUCAACCACUUCAGGUUCUGCUUCUUGGUGGAGAUGGUGACGGCACCGACGCACACAAUGACGCGGCUCCUCAUCACGAACAACGACUACGCGGGCGCGCUGGACCCUUACUCCCCAUACCGAGCAGGAGGCCCCUGGUACGUCGACGCCCGAGGAGAACACUUUGCGCUGGAGAACUGCGCGCGUUUCAACGACGAAGGCGUCAACAGACACCCUCAUGAGUUAGAGUUCAUGGUCGAAAUGACACCUUUUGGCCAGCAGCAAAUUCUGAAGGAAGCUGAGAUUUCCUUCAGGAAUCAUGAAGCUGCAGCAGACCUCAGCAAGCCUAGAGCAUGUCAUCGUUUCCAGCGUUUUCACGGUGGGUACCAAGGAUGCCCCUGGGCCGUCUCUGCCGCGGUUGCAUCGCAGAUCUUUUUCUCCAAACACCGAAUGGCGGCGGACAGCCACCCGGACAUCGCUUCGCCCAGGCUCUCAGUUCUUGCAGACAACUUCCGCCAGUGCUACCUGAUGGCAGAACAAAGCAAAAUGUAUCCUUGGCUGGUCGUGCCCCCACAGCCUGGCCUGCAGCAGAUGCUGAGCACCUUGUCUCCUGUCAACCUGAACGCCGUCGAAGAGAAACUCUGGAGCGCCAGCACGGCAAAGGUUCUCCUCCAGGUCGGGGGUCAGUUCCAUGUCGUGGAUCAAAAUGAGUUGUUCGCCAAAUCUUCGCUGUUCACGGGCUCCUUGGCGAGGCACUUGACUUGGAGAUGCAUCACCUGGGACGUAAUUGGCCAUAUCUAUAGUUCGUGGGUUUUGACUCAUGAAGUCUGCGUGCCCUUCGACCUGGCCACUUGUAAUGGAUAUCCAGGAGAGACAGCAGAAUGCAGUUCUACUGAGACGCAAGAUAAGUCCAUUAUUCAGCGUGACUUAAAUUGCAUUCGGGAGCAAGCCUAUUCUGAACGCCGCACUAGGGAUAUCUACCACCCAUUGUCUGACCAGGAUCUGACCGUGAGCCAACAGCAACCCAACCACUAUCGGAAUGCGAGUCAACCGCACGCAGGCCACCACCCAAAUCUGAACCAAGCACAUAGUGACUGUCAGCAAACAGGAAUCCUGCGUAAUCUUGGCCUUCAGCAAAAUAUCAGUUGCUCGUACCCUGAAAACCCUCACACACCUCCUGUCUCUUGCCAUCAGAGUGCCAAGCAACAUCACGAUUACCAUCAGAAUACCAGUUGCCACCAGGACAAGGCGAGAGCACACACCAAACAAGAACAGAAUACUGGCCAACGUCGCCGUGGUCGUGACAAGCGAGCAGAUUCAAGCCAACGACCGCCUAGCAACCGCGCAUCCCGCGGUCUCUCUCAGAACCGCAACCAAGCACACACUGCCGCUAACAUCAUUGUCAACCAACCGCACGAUGCACGCGUUUUGAAGGGCAAGCAUGUGCAUGGCGGCUCCAACAAUCGCGAUCAGAAUAAUAACCAAAUAUGUCCUGAUCCCCAUGAUAAGACAGUCAAUCAUCCACAGCCGAACGGUCAACAAAAAGGCCAGCAGGUACGGCCUCCUCCUCACCCCUGUCAGAAUGGUAGAUGCAACCAAGGAAGCGGGCCAGCACCAUCCUGGGCCCAAAUCUUGAAGACACCAAAGACGACCAAGAGAAGGAAGCCCCAAGUGACAGUCAAACAAGUUCAGGAAGUCGUUUACCACACGACGUUAAGCCGCAGUUACACCAAGGCCUUCAACCUCACCCUUGGUCACGAUGUCACGCUGACUCAGAGGGAAGUAGUACGCCAUACGGAGCCUGAGUCACCUCCCCAGAGAUCGACUUACCAGCGCAUUGUCUUUCGCAACUCCCCGGCAAGACACGGCUCUAGUCGGCUCUUCAUGUAUGUUACGAAUUUGCAUCCUGACUACGAGAAACAAGAAUUUGAAGAACUGAUACUGAGUAACUUCCCUCAGGUCAAGCAAAUUGAUGCAAGGAAGUGCAAGAUGAGACACGACUUCUAUUGUAGUUUCACAGCCGUAAUAAAAGGCGACUGUCUUUUCGAAGAAGACCUCAUGGACGUCAGCGUCUUCCCACCCCCAAUUCGCGUUAACAUAGAGCAGUGGAAACCUGGGUAUCGGAAAUCCCAAAGUUACAUAGGAUUCUAAAGCAGACAUCAAUGAAAAAAAUAAUAUGGACAAUUACACAAACGCAUUAGUAACGAAGUGUACAAAGAGGGUAAGAAAUAAUCAAAGAAACCAUAAUGAGCAAAGUAAAGAUUAUCUAUAACAAAUUUAUGUAUGUCGUGUUAAACUUACUCUCAUCGACUAAUUGCCAGCUAUACAUAACUGGUGCUGAAGAUGAUGGCGUAAACACAAAAAAGAGUAAGGGAGGUGUGCGUGGGUAUUAUAUACAUAAAUCUGUACUAUAUAUGUGUGUACAUGCAUAUAUAGAGAAAGAUAGGCACAGAUGCGUUUCAAUAUGAAAUGCAGCGUUCAACAAGGAACAGAUCUCGUACCAUUACUCUCAAAGUAAGGGUUAUGAUUGACCUGACUUCCUUGUGCAUUCGAAUAUAAUAGAGAUAUAAAACUUUUGCCAACGCUAAACAAAAAGAAUACGUUUUUGAAAUUAAAAUUUGGCCCACAAGCAGGAAUGAUAUGAAAAUGAUUAUUCACUUACGUAAACAGGUAUGACCAUAACACGGCUAAUGCAAGAUAUAGAUAAGAAACUUAUACAGUGUACGAUAAAUGUAGCUUUAUCAGUCUCACAUAAGCAUCAGAAACCUCAGAUGAUUAAUUUCUUAGCUUAGAAGGAGAAACAAAUAUCAUCAGUAGCAGAAAAAUAGAAGAAAGAGAGACAAAGAUAUGUACAUAAGGAAAACUGAGUGAAAAUAUGAUAAUAAAUAUUACAUAUAAAAAAAUAAUAAGUAAAAAAAAUGACAAUGAUGAAAUAUAUAUAAUCAAGCUCUAACUAUACGAUAUAAUACAUAUACUAAUGGCCUGAAAAAGGAUCUCACCUGGUUUCUAUUAACAGUGAUUUGUAUUUGUAUUUCACUGUAAUACCAGCAUAUUAUAUGUUUCUUUUUAUAA